CUUGUGCUGAGGGGUUGGGGCGGGGGAGUGGUAAAGGUAGCGGGCCUUAUAGAAAAUUGAUAACAUGACAUUUAGCACCGUAAGAAAUAUAAAACUGAUCCAUUAAGAUCUUUUCAGAGUUGAAAUUUAUACUCUGUUUGCGGAAUAUGAUAUAACCCGGGACUUUUACGUCGUGCAUUCCGCGUUUAGAAUAUGAUGUCAUCACGGCUAGAAGACUGGACCCGAUGUUAUGACGAUCAAGCUUCAGUCAAGAAGGAAGACCCACAAACUAGCGUAUUCGGACUACGAGAGAGCUUUUCAAUUUCAUUUACAAAAAUGGACACAGGGAAACAACCAGCUGUUACUCAGCCAGCUCCUCCAGCUUACCCAGGUCCAUCAGGAUAUGAAACAAAGCAGGCAGGAGGUUAUCUAGUGCAACCCGGGUAUCCAGUGCAGCCGGUAGUGCAAGGUCAACCACCAGGGACGACCAUCAUCCACACACAGCCUGCUCAACUUCUGGUGGGCAUGGGGUUCUAUGAAAACCCUGUGGCCAUGACUUGCCCUUAUUGUCAGGCUAGCAUUGUUACAGCCACUACAUACGAGCCUGGCUCGUUGACUUGGAUCGCUUGUGGUGGUGUGGCGCUUAUGGGUGGUUGGCUUGGCUGUUGUCUGAUUCCAUUCUGUAUCGAUGCCCUGAAGGACGUUCUCCACAACUGUCCUAACUGCAAACACCAAGUGGGUGUCUACCGCCGGGUGUAACAGCACACUGGAACAUUUUAACCUUUAUAGCUUGUCACUUAAUCAGCAUGCACAUUUUGUGGAAAUAUUUUCUUUGGCGAUGCACUUAUAGCAGUAGCUAAAAUGAGUUUCAGAAAUGUUUAUUUAUACAUACCUUGCAUUUUUUUAAAUUUAAAUGGAAAAAAAAAAACAGGAAAAAAGAUACUGUGCCAAUUACGUUUUCUAUGAUUGCUUAUUUUGCAAAAGUUGUGCUUUCUUUCUUUAUUAAUCAAUAUAACCUGUUGAUUAAUGCUGCUUAGCCUGAGCAGCAAGCAUUCCCGUACGAGUGAACUACCGUCAUAACCUUCUAGUCAAGGCGAGAAUUAGGGAAAAAAUCAAGGGAGAAGGGGGUCAAUGAUUAGUAGUUAGUAGUUGAAAUGAAACUAACUGAGAAUGAAAAAAUGAAAUUGAUCAGGAAUAUACCAGUAUGGAAGUUGUGCAGUUAAAAAUGAUUAACCCAUGGCUUGUGUCAGAUGUAUAUUUGCAUAUAUUAAGUACAUGUUGUUAUUUAAUGCAUGAAUGCAGCUUUGGGCUGAAAUAAACAUGCGUUUCACUCAA